AUGAGCGGGCGCAGGCGAAGGGCCUCGACCUCGAGCGUCGAGACCGUCGACGGCGACAGGAUUCGUUGGCUGCAGGAAACGUCGGUUGUCAGGUCACAGCCCAAGGAUGUCUCCAAGGACCUCUAUCCAUGCUUUGAGCUGCGCGAUGCGACUGUGUAUGAUAUGAACGGCGAGUCGCUCGAGAACGCACUCAACGUCGUGGUGCGCGGCCCGUACAUCGUGAGAGGCCAUCUCAUCAUAGAUGACCCCUCUCAGAAGUCACACCUCAUCAUGAAGGUACGGACAUCUACGCCCAUAGAGAUUCGCCAUUGCAUCUCCUAUUCGAUCGGAGAAGACGACACGCGCCCUGUCGUAUGGGUCCUGGGCCGAGGCGGUUGGUACGAGAUCAACCCGUCGGAAGCAUAUCGAUCCAUCUUCAACAAGAUGUGCGAGGCCACAACCAUGUAUUACAGCCUGGUGGAUAUAUACACCUCCGACAAGUUCAGCAGAACGCCCGUGAGAGCCAACGCGAAUUCUCUCGGGGCUCUACGGGAGGAUUUUCUGCAGGAUGUGGUCCGGAAAACGGAGAUGGCACUCAAAAACCCACGAAAACCAGUCAGUCCCGCGCGAGACAUGGCGAGCCCGGCGCCAAGUUACAGGCUCUCAACCCGCAAUACCAGGAGUCUCAGCACCGAGAUUGAUGCAGAUGUGGUCCAGCUCUCGAAACGACCAAAGCCAAGCCCACAAACAGACGUGGCGAGCCCUGCCGCUGCUGCACAGAGACCAGCCAUACCUACUCUUUCGGCCGAAGCUACAAUGAGCCCUGCCGCAAAUGACGAAUCUCCCUUUGCCUCCGUUUUCAACGCAAUAGAGAGUCUCUACGAAGAAAGGCGCGACAAGAAGAAAGGCAUCACUCGCACAAAUGCUGCCAACACCCUCUAUUUCCACUACAAAUUUCCCAACUAUAAAGACGGCUCUCCUGGAAGCCAUCGGGUUCCCGCCGAAGAGGUCUUGCACUACUAUGCCGCCGCUUUGCUGCAGGCACUUGAUAGGGAGAAGUACCAGCCACAUGAUCUCUACACUUACCUGGGGGAGCUGGCAGCAACACCGUUUGCGCCACGGGCCCUUAAGCCAUCAGACUUCCCAUACAAAUUAGAGCCGCGCAAGACGAUCGUGCGUGCGUCUAAGAAGGCAUUAUUAGGGUCCGGCGGCCCAGAAUCAUCACCGCGUGAUGAUGGCGCAGCAGGCUCCAGCGAUCCGCCCCGAUAUGCUGGCAAGACGGUGAUACGGCCUGGCCGGCAACCGGGUAAAACAUCAGCACUGCGAAUCUCUGCCUAUAAGAAGCGGCCUUAUGCUGAAUUUGGUGACGAGAGUGAGCCGGACUCCGAGGCCUCUGGUGCGAAGCGGUCGCACCACUUUCCGGAGAGGGAUGAGGAAGAAGAGGAGGAAGACAUCUCGAUGCUGGACUCGGCCGAUGCAAGCGCGUCCAGGGAUGCCGGUCUGGUCGUUCAGCCGCCAUCGGAGGAUGCAGAGCCGAUCCAGAUUGUGAUACGCGCUGAGAAAAUACCGUCCACCAUCCCCCGCGGCCCUGAUGAUACCUGGAGCUGUGACCAGGAUGGGUGCGACUACAUUGUGCGAGGCGGGGAUGCGCAAGCCUGUCAAGUCCGGAUCCAGAGGCACUUUGAAGAACACGACGAACAGAGCAAGAGGCUCAACCUGGCGGUCACGGAGAGCACCCGCGGACACAUGCCUAUCAAUCAUCUUCUCGAGAAGCUCAAGCGAAUGGGCGAAAAGGCGCCGCAGGACCAGCCGUCCCCGAUCCAAGGGGGAGCGCUCCCGCCGGCGAUCAAGAGGAAACUGAUAGUAUGA